AUGGAGGCAGAUGAGAUGUCUCGCAUUAAGGACUGGCAGCCGAAGAAUCUGGACGACCCGACGGAGAUGUUUCCACGCCCGCCGCAGCAAAUUCUUAAGUGGGACGAAACCGUGGACGAGCACGACAAUCGCACCUUCCGCUACAAGUACCACCGCUACGACUUCAUGGGACCGACGGGGAUGUGGGAGGCCUACCCGCGCUACCCCUUCUCCCACCUCUACCUUAACAGGCAGGAUCACCAUGGUCGGGGGGAGGGCUACGGCUUCAAGCAGAGCCACCUGCUGCGCUGCAGUGAGGAGGAGGAGGACAAGAAGUGGGAGAUGGUGAAGCGGACAGAGGUGGUGCAAGAGCUGUGGUCCUACCCUGGAAAGAUUCAACUGCAGGACUUUAAGGGAGCGCUGGAGCGGGCCAAGGCGCGGUUCAGGGAGCAGAUUAAACACGGGAAGGAGACAGGUCCCAGCGAGGAUCCCGGCUACGACUUGGUGCAGGCGGGUGAAUUUGUGGAGCCGCGAGACGGUGCACGCACGGAGUGGCGACACUUGUGGACCUCAAAUCGCCCCAAGGGGGAACCCCUUCCGUGCCAGAUCACAUUCAAUCACGGCGUCACGUUUGAGGACAAUGAAGGGAGGCCGCCUGUGCAUCCGGCGAGCCACUAUGAAGAGACACCGAAGGAGUCUCCAUACAAGCAGUAUGAGAAGCAGGACGCGAAGGAGGAUGAUAAGAAGAAGAAGCUCAAGUCCGCCUGGGAGCAGUCGUUUAAGGAGUCCAUGACUCGCUAUGGACAUAGGUAUGGCGCAGAGGCAAGAAGGGGAAGUCCUGGCAAGCCAUCUUCGCCGGGGUACGACAGUAGUAGUGGAAGUAGUAGCAGUAGCGGUAGUAGUGGUGCCGGGUCGCCUCCAGCAUAG